AUGAAACCUUCAUUUGUGGUGGUAGAUGCAUCUGUCGGAGUGGAGAGGGAAGUCGCGCGCAAAUUUUUGCGUCACGAGAAGAAACUUGCACUUCUACCGUACCAUGAAGUACUUUGUAGCGAGUUGGAUACUCGUUUCGAGCAUAUAAAGCACGGCCUUGUCAUUGCGGUUCUUAUGAAUGAACAACGCCCUGCUCUUCGCAACUUCAUAUUUGCUCUGAAGACGUAA